AUGACCUUCGCGUGCAAAAAGUGCAAGAAGUGCUUCCGGAAGAAUAUGGAGGAGUUUGAGGAGAGCGACGAAUACUGCCCGCAUUGCGACAACCACUUCUUGAUCGAGGCGAAGGAACCUAAAGCCAGGCUUGAAGUUGAGGGAGAUGAUGUGAGAGUCGAUAGCCGCAUGCUCAAAGAUGAGCGGCUGAAGCAGAAGGAGGAGUUCAAGAUAUGGGAUGACGAGGGGGAAGCGGCGAGGCUGGGUUGA